GUAAUUGAACUGUGUUAUGAUAAUACAUGUUUGCAUCCCUUGAUCUGUCGACAGUAACAACAACGUAACCGGCCAGCGGCUAACAUAUUGUUAUGCCGUAUAUUUUGUGAGCAGUACACAAAGUAAUGCAUCUUGGCUUACCGAGUUUUCCGAAAUGACCGCAAAGUUUUCAUCAAGAUCCUGCAUGCGUGCAUGCACAUCAGCGCUCUGAUCUUCGCCAGUGUUGGCCUCAAGGCUGUAUUUGACUCCCACAACCUGCGUACACCACCCUUUGCCAAUCUGUACUCUCUACACAGCUGGAUAGGCCUGUUUGUGGUUGUUUGCUUUGGACUUCAGUGGGUUCUUGGCUUUGUAGCCUUCCUGUGGCCAAAACUUGGCAUGGGUGCGCGGACCACGUACAUGCCGUACCACCAGUUCUGGGGUGUUGCCCUCCUCAUACUGGCUACUGUUGCUGCUCUGACUGGAAUAAUGGAGAAGACUGCCCACGUCACUAAUUAUUCAGGCCUUCCUCCAGAGGGAAUUUUGGUAAAUUCCCUGGGUAUCAUUCUGCUUGUGUUCACCGGCCUGGUGGUUUACUUGGUGACCAGACCAGAGUACAAGCGGCAACCAUCCCCGGAGGAAGAUCAUGUACCACUUGACAACUAAAGGAGAUUUAGAAUGGCUGAUAAUUUUGGCAAAAAA